AUGCUUCCUGACAGCUGUUCAAUUCUGCUGUUCCUUUUAAUGUUCAGGAUGAGCAAUGGAGACUCAGUGACCCAGACAGAAGGCCUGGUUACUGUCACAGAGGGGUCACCUGUGAUGCUGAACUGUACCUAUCAGACUACUGAUUCAGCACCUUAUGUUUUCUGGUAUGUGCAAUAUCUCAACAAAGCCCCUCAACUACUCCUGAAGGGCUUCACAGACAAGAAGAGGACAGAAUACCAAGGGUUCUAUGCCACUCUCCAUAAGAGCAACAGCUCCUUCCACCUACAGAAGCCCUCAGUGCAGCUGUCAGACUCUGCCCUGUACUACUGUGCUCUGAGUGACACAGUGAAGGAGACUGCAGGGGAAGCUGCACACAAACCAAGGGUACAGGAGGGUGAGGGGAGUGGCCCUGUGAGGGAGAGCUGUGUUCUGGGGAGAUCAAAAAAGAGCAUCAGGUUCCUUGAAGCUGGAGUUACAGGCAGCUGUCUGAGCCAAGGUGAGCAGGUGGAGCAGCGUCCUUCCAUGCUGAGAGUCCAGGAGGGAGCCAGAGCUGUCAUCAACUGCACAUAUGUAGACAGUACCUCGUACUACUUUCCUUGGUAUAAGCAAGAACCUGGAAAGCAUCCUAAGCUGAUUAUUGACAUUCGUCCAAAUGUGGAAAGAAAGCAGGACCAAAGAUUGAUCAUUUCACAUGAUAAGAAAACCAAACAAUUUUCUCUGCACAUCACAGACACCCAGCCUGGAGACUCUGCCAUGUACUUCUGUGCUGCAAGUGCACACUGCUCCCCAGGCACUUGCAGCCUGUUCUAA